GUUACAAUAAAAAAAUGCUAGGAAAAAUUUUAAUUUUUACUAAUGCAAUAUGUAAAAUAAAAAAAAAAUUAAAAAUUCUUUUCAAUAAAUAUAAUUUUUAUAAUUAAACGCAAUAUGAAUAUUUUACUAGAAGGAUUGAGAAAGAUUAAAGAAAAUGACAAAUGCCCUUCUUUGGUUACGAAUGAAAGCCACAUGUUUUCCGACUAUUAUUAUAAAUGGAAAUACGGUCAAAUUUCCAAAGUUGGAUCUUGUUACAGAGCCAUACCUAAGUUCUAUGUUGAGGUUACCGAAGCAGACCAACAUGGGGAUACUUUUCCGUCAAAACUGGAACUCGAAGCAAGAACCAUGUUUUUACAGAGGAUAAGCGACGCAUUGCUAGACAACGAAGAGUUAGAAUUCCUUAGAGCACUCCUCAGUAAAUACAGUUUAGGGAACAACGUGAGUGAGAAGAAAAUAGGUUAUUAUGAACUUAAGGAAGUCAUCUCAAAGGCCAGUAGUAAGUGUAAAAAUUACUAUUCGGCAAAAAUUUUCGCUCAGUUGCAGACUGGUGUAUUUAUGAAUGAUGUUGAUAUUGUUUCUCUGUUUACAUAUGUCAUGAGAAAGACAUGGCAGAAAAAGACGAGGAUUGGUCUUUCAGUCUACGACACCUUUGGAAAAGGUUAUCUUAAGGAGUCAGAAUUGGAGAGCUUCGUGAACGACAUUAUACCGGAUUGUCCUCAACUAAACGGUCUCAAGGAGGCCUUCCAUCCGUUUUACGUCUGCACUGUCGUUAGGAAGUUCAUGUUUUUUCUUGAUCCAAUGCGAACUGGUAGGAUACGACUCAAGGAUAUCCUUCUGAGUAGUUUCUUGGACGAAUUCUUAGUCUUGAGAAACGAGGAGUUACCAGACAAAUCUGAAGAAUUCAACUGGUUUUCUGCUGUAUCGACCCUUCAAAUAUAUGGCCAAUACCUCACAUUGGACAAAGAUAACAAUGGCAUGUUAAGUAAGAAAGAACUCGCCUCAUACGGCACUGCCACCCUGACAGAAAUAUUUAUUGAAAGAGUUUUUCAAGAAUUCCUUACUUACGAUGGUGAAAUGGAUUAUAAAUCAUAUUUGGAUUUCGUACUAGCUCUGGAGAACAAGCAAGAAUAUCAAUCGCUUCGGUACUACUUCACAGUCCUCGAUAUAAAUCAGAAUAGGUACUUGGACGCAUUUUCUAUGAAGUACUUCUUCAGAGGAAUCCAGGAGGAGAUGAAGAAGCACCAUCAGGAGCCCGUUAGCUUCGAUGACAUCAAAGACGAACUGUUCGAUAUGGUUCGGCCAGCAGAUCCUAUGAAGAUAACUUUCAACGACCUUCUUAAUAGCCAAAGUGCUGAAUAUUUUGUCAGUAUUCUGACUGAUCUCAACGAAUUUUGGAAUUAUGAAAACAGAGAAUGUACCUAAUUUGUUUAAUAAUUUUGAAACAGAUGUCGCGAUAUUUAAUAAAUUAUUAUUUUAUCACUUUU